GGAUAAUCAGACGGACAAUUCUCGUUGCUGUCCGAAGGGCAUGGCAUAGAGUUGCGUUGUCAGUUUGAUGCAUUCAUCGUGACCAGGUGCAUGUAGCAAUUAUUAUAUAUCCCUAACGGGAAUGCUGAAGAACAUUCAGUAUCCUAAGCAUCAACAGCCUUUGACUCACACUCCAUUCAAUCCACCAUUGGAAAAAUACCGUUACACCUCAGCAACUCGAUUCUUCAUCCAAACAACCCGUCAAAAUGUCCUCCAAGAAGAUCAUCACUGUUCUGGGCGCCACGGGCAACCAAGGUGGUUCUGUCAUCACAGCUCUUCUUGCCCAUCCCGAGAUCGCGUCCCAGUACUCGAUCCGCGGUGUCACGCGCGACACUACGAAGCCCUCAGCCCAGAAGCUCCUGGCCAAGGGAGUGGAGCCCAUCAAAGCCGAUCUCAAUGACCCUUCAUCCCUUCAAGCCGCAUUUCACGGUGCCUUCGCCGUUUUUGCCGUCACCAACUACUGGGAGACAAUGUCCAAGUCGACAGAGAUCGCUCAAGGAAAGAACGUCGUUGACGCAGCCAUCGCCACCGGAGUCAAACAUCUCAUCAUCUCUUCACUCCCUAACGUCACGGCCCUAACAAACGGUGCUCUCUCCAACGUUGAGCAUUUUGAUUCCAAGGCCGAAGUCUCUGAUUACGCAGAGGCCCAGAAGCACAAGACGAGCAUGUGGGUUACUCACUUCAUGCCUGGAUAUUUUAUGCAAAAUCUCAAGAGUACUAUCAACAAAGAUCCUGCCACUGGCGCUUCCAUGAUGACCAUCCCAUGGGACGAAACCAGUACGCAGAUCCCGCUUAUUGACAUUGUUUCCGAUGCUGGCAAGUACGUCGCGGGUGCCCUGGUACUCGGAGCUGGUGCCGAUGGUGCUAGAAUUCAAGCUGUUUCGCAAUGGGCCACUCCCAACGAAGUGGCUAGUACUGUAACCGAGGUUACUGGAGACAAAGUGACCUUUUUGGAGGUACCCAAGGACGUUUGGGAGGGAUAUCUGCCGCUUCCCCCUCAUGCAAAGACGGAGCUUGGGGAAAACAUGAUCUUGAUCAAGGACUACAGCUACUAUGGAAAUGACGCUCCUGCUAAGCAGCAUGAGCACAACAAGUACGUCGAGGCUAUACCUGGUCAGAGUUUGACUAGCUUGGAAGAUUUCGUUAAAGCCGAAUUCUGAGAGAAAACUGUUGAGAUACCACUACUAGUAGUGCUAUCGCGCGGCAACCAUAGUAUCUUGUUCUAGAAUCAGAUUAGUAGCGCGUGACUGUAUAGCUUAGUAGAAUGGACAUCGAUUAAACUACGCAUUUGAUAGUAACCAUGAGCUUU